UCAAAAGAUGAAGUUGUGUUCAUGCUUGCACGAGUGAUUGGACUGCUCGGGCCAAUCGAUUACCAUAUGCUAGAAAGAGGUCAUGAAACAAGCAAAUAUUUCACCGUUGAGUUCGAUCUUUAUCGCAUAAACGAGGAAACAAACGAGAUGGAAUACAUAACCCCACAAGAAACAUCUUUGGAAGAACGCGUACAAGUUUCCGAUACAUUAUUACUCGAUUUUAUUGGUAACUUACUUGAGAUCAACCCACGAAGGCGACCCACAGCCCGAGAAGCCUUGAAAGACCCCUGGCUAUUGUUUCCCUACGGUUGAACUUCGUUUUUUGUUAAUUUUUUUUGUUUAUAAU